CGUUCUUUUCUAUCUAUCAUACUACAUCGUACGAUGAUUUUCAUUCUGUUUUCAUCUCUAUUCUCAUAGAUAAUUACUGCACUAUGUUUAUGUGACCAUGGAAUCGGAAAUGAAGAUGUGCGACAUCUGACUGAUGCUCUACAACAUAAUACAAUACUCAUCACAUUGGAUCUUAGCUUCAACCAUAUUACAGACACUGAAGUACAACAUCUUGCAGUUGCAUUAAAAAAUAAUUCGACACUGCAAUCAUUAAAUCUUCGAUCUAAUCAAAUUAGAAACCAAGGAGCGCAGUAUUUAGCUGAUGGUUUACGAUAUAACAAAGCACUUACAACAUUAGAUCUUUACAACAAUGGACUCGGUGAUAAUGGAGCAAAAUAUCUUGCUGAUGCCUUAGAAUAUAACACAACACUCGUUCAACUUCAUGUUCGAUGGAAUCAAAUCGGUGACGUUGGAGCGCAUUAUCUUGCGGAUACUUUACGAGAGAAUAAACAACUGAUUUCGGUGGAUCUCUGGCGCAAUGAAAUAGGGGACAAAGGAGCAGAUCAUUUAGCUAAAGCUUUAAGACACAAUAGGACACUCACUACAUUGAAUCUUCGAUUGAAUAAAAUAACAACUACUGGUGCAGAACAUUUUCGCGAUACUCUACAAAAUAGCAAGGCAUUGAUGACGAUUUAUCUCGAUAGAAAUGAUCCUAUACAAUCCGAAUCAAAUCAAUCAAUGGAAGAUUGUCAAAUAAAGUGGAUCAACUUAUGA